AUGAUUUCAUUAAUACAGCAGGCUAUGCCUGCCUAGAAGCUGGUCAUGUGACAACAGCCAUGGGAAAUUUAUGUUCACUGUUCAUUAAUAUUGUAUUUCUUUGUUCAUGUUUAUUUUGUUUAUUAACUUAAAUAGAAGAAAGUGUUAACAAGCUUAAAAGUUGAGCUGAGCGGUAAAUAAUUAGGGUUAAACACACAGUAUCGCUCUCAAACUGCUCCUCUUCCUGGAAUGAAGCACAGCCUGAUAACCCUCCCUCUUCUUCCUGCUCUUAAACACAGCACCUCCUCUCUGUCCACGUGUUUCCUCGUUCCCUCCCCUUCAGAUUUGCACUUUGUGGUGAAGUGUAAGAGCUGACAUUAUCGGCAGAAACACAUGUUGUUGAGAUCAGCGGUCAGACUAGUUUCACUUCUACAGAACAGAAACUCACACAGUCGCUGACACUGAGCGGAGAAAUGGCACAGAAAAGAGUUCAGCUGGACCGAGAAACCUUCUCUUGUUCCAUCUGUUUGGAUCUACUGAAGGAUCCGGUGACUACAACCUGUGGACACAGCUACUGCAUGAACUGUAUUAAAAGUUUCUGGGAUGAAGAGGACAGGAAGGGAAUCCACAGCUGCCCUCAGUGCAGGAAGACUUUCACACCGAGGCCUGUCCUGGAGAAAAACAUCAUGUUAGCAGCUUUAGUGGAGCAGCUGAAGAAGACUGGACUCCAAGCUGCUCCAGCUGAUCACUGCUAUGCUGGACCUGAAGAUGUGGCCUGUGAUGUCUGCACUGGGAGGAAACUGAAAGCCAUCAAGUCCUGUUUAUCUUGUCCAGCCUCUUACUGUGAGAAACACCUCCAACCUCACUAUGAUGCAGCUCCAUUAAAGAAACACAAGCUGGUGGCCCCCUCCAAGAAGCUCCAGGAGAACAUCUGCUCUCGUCAUGAUGAGGUGAUGAAGAUUUUCUGUCGUACUGAUCAGCAGAGUAUCUGUUAUCUCUGCAAAACAGAUGCACAUAAAGGCCAUGAAACAGUCCCAGCUGCAACAGAAAGGACUGAGAAGCAGAAGGAGCUCGAGGUGAGACGACUAAACAUCCAGCAGAGAAUCCAGGAGCGAGAGAAAGAUGUGAAGCUGCUUCAACAGGAGGUGGAGGCCAUCAAUGGCUCUGCUGAUAAAACAGUGGAGGACAGUAAGAAGAUGUUCACUGAGCUGAUCCGUCUCAUCCAGAAAAGAAGCUCUGAUGUGAAGCAGCAGGUCAGAUCCCAGCAGGAAACUGAAGUGAGUCGAGUCAAAGAGCUUCAGGAGAAGCUGGAGCAGGAGAUCGCUGAGCUGAAGAGGAAAGACGGCGAGCUGGAGCAGCUCUCACACACAGAGGAUCACAACCAGUUUCUACACAACUACCCCUCACUGUCAGCACUCAGUGAGUCUACACACUCAUCCAGCAUCAAUAUUCGUCCUCUGAGGUACUUUGAGGAUGUGACAGCAGCUGUGUCAGAAACUAGAAAUAUACUACAGGACCUUCUGAGAGAGGAAUGGACAAACAUCUCACUGACAGUCACUGAAGUGGAUGUUUUACUGUCACCACCAGAGCCAAAGACCAGAGCUGGAUUCUUAAAAUAUUCACGUGAAAUCACACUGGAUCCAAACACAGCAUACACACAUCUGUUAUUAUCUGAGGGGAACAGAAAAGUAACAUUUAUGGAACAACUACAGUCUUAUUCUGAUCAUCCAGACAGAUUCACUGUAUAUUAUCAGGUCCUGAGUAGAGAGAGUCUGACUGGACGUUGUUACUGGGAGGUGGAGUGGAGAGGGGGAGCAGUUUGGGUAGCAGUCACAUACAAGAAUAUCAUCAGGGCAGGGUGGUCAGAUGAAUGUUUAUUUGGAUACAAUGACAAAUCUUGGACAUGAUAUUGUGGUACAAACAGUUACAAAUUCUUUCACAACAAAGUCCAAACUGUCCUCUCAGGUCCUCGUUCCUCCAGAGUAGGAGUGUACCUGGAUCACAGAGCAGGUAUUCUGUCUUUCUACAGCGUCUCUGAAACCAUGACUCUCCUCCACAGAGUCCAGACCACAUUCACUCAGCCGCUCUAUGCUGGACUUUGGCUUUUAGAUUAUGGAGCCACUGCAGAGUUGAUUAAAGUCAAAUAGAGAAGACAGGGUCAUGUUGAUCCCUGACCAUUAUAUGUACUUGUGUAGUUUCUAAAUGAGGCUUUACAUUUUAGAAGCUGAGCUAAUAUUGCACUGAUUCAAAUUGUACUUACAUUUAUGGGCAUUUUUUAUGAUUAUGUAAUUGUGCUACUAACAAUCAGUUAUUGUAUUUAGAGUAAAAUUAUUUAAAGCCAUUUUUAGAUGAAAGGUUUCUACUUGAUAACUACUUGAACUGCUUUGUUUGAAUUUCAGAAGAUUUGGCAGGAAUUUUCCUUUUAGGCAUUUCAGUUUUACAAUCCAGUCUUUGGAGGAGAACAAAUAAAAUCUAAAAGUGA